GGCCAGGUCUGCCGCGAGCCAUGGCGGGUGAGGUCUCGGGCGAGGACGCGCUGCUGUUGCAGAAGCUCAAGGACAGCCGCCGCCGCUUCCAGAGGCGCAUGCAGCGGCUGAUAGAGAAGUACAACCGGCCCUUCGAGGACGCCCCGCUGGUGCAGAUGUCCACACUGACCUACGAGACGCCCCAGGGAUUGAGAAUUUGGGGUGGAGGACUAAUAAAGGAAAGAAACAAAGGACAAAUCCAGGACUCCCCUGUGAAGCCCGUGGACAGGAUAAAUGGCCCUGUGCGAGCCGCAGUGCGGGGCCCUGAGCUUCCCGAACAAGGCACACAGGUCCUGGGAGCUGAUGCAGAAGGCAGUGAGGUCGAUGCAACUUUAGACCAGGAAGAUCCGGCUGCGUGGGCUGUCAUGCCUGCAGUGCCUCAAAGCCCUUUGAAAAAUGAGUUAAGAAGAAAAUACUUGACCCAGGUGGAUAUACUGCUGCAAGAUUCAGGGUGUUUUGAGUGUGUGGACGACGGACACACUUGUGGAAAGGACAGGCUCGUGGCCCUGCUCCCCUCGCUGGCCUCAGCUGCCAUGCCCGCCCCUGGAUACUGUGGUGGUGUCUCUGGAAAGAGUCCUGGGGACCCAGCUAAACCAGCUUCAUCUCCCAGACAAUGGGACCCUCCACGUCCUUGCUCAACAGAUAUGGCCAUAGUACCUAGAAAUGACACUCUCUCACUAACAAGGACCAGUAGCAGCAGCUUCUUAAGCAGCCGGUCCUUUGUAGAUGACGACAUUUGCGAUGUGACGAUCAGUGACCUGUAUGAGGGCAUGGUGCACUCGAUGAGCCGGCUGCUGAGCACGAAGCCAUCAAGCAUAAUCUCCACCAAAACGUCCAUCAUGCAGAACUGGAAUUCGAGGAGGAGGCACAGAUGUAAGAGCAGGAUGAACAAAACGUAUUGCAAAGGAGGCAGACAUUCUCAGAGGCUCUCCAAGGAGAGGUUUUUACCCUCCUCUGAGCCUGUGCAAGAGAGAGGAAUGUUAAGAGAUUGUAAGAACUUGCUAGAUGUUUCUUACCGUAAGACAGGUUUAAAAUUGAAAAAAGCUGUUCUUGAAGUAAAACCCCAAAUCCAUAAGUCAGAUCUGAGUUGGAAGGAGCUUAAAGUGACACCCCAGAAGUAUUCCUCAUUGACUUAUUUAGACCCCAAUGGAACACAUAGUCCUGAUCAGGAAAAUAGACUUAUGACAUUAAAAUGGUUAAUUUCUCCUGUAAAAAGGGUUACCGGACCAAGAAUACUACCGGGCCAUGGAGGGAAUCAUCAUAGGGAGAUUGAAAUCAGAUUUGAUGAGCUCUAUCGGGAAUAUUGCCUGACUCCCAGGAAACAGUCUCGCCUGACUGGCCCCCCCAACUCCUGGGCUGUGGACGUGUACAAAGGUGGUCCCACCAGCCCUGGUGGCCGUCAGGGCUUAGAAACCCACAGGCUGAGUUUCCCUUUCAAGAAAGCAAAAGCAAAAAGGCUGAACGAGGCUUUUGACGCUGUGGGCAGAAGACCCACGGAGGUGAGUGGGUGCCUGCCAAGGGGAGGUUCCUCUUGGUCACUCUCAAACACCAGCCCCACACCGAGCCCAGGUCCCUCUCAGCAGAUGCCUGACCUUCACUUCCAAGGAAACAGUUCCGGAAUGUUUAGAAAGUCAGUAUGGCCCAGCAAAGCUGUUUCAGUACCAAGGAUAGGACCUCUGGGCUGUGGAAGAAAUCGUUAUGAUGAAAUUAAAGAACAAUUUGACAAGCUUCAUCAAAAGUAUUGCCCAAAAUUGCCUGUGCAAGCGAAGGCGCCUUUAGGUAUUGGAGCGUCUCUAGAUAAAGCAAGUGUGGAAGUCCAGGAUCAAACAGAAGACUUAGGAACGUCAAACCCAGACUCUCGCUUCCAGGGUUCCCCAAAGUUAUCAUUGUCUUCAUCACCCACGAAAAGUCUGCUGGGCUCAACUGCAAUUGUGGCUCAUCCAUCUGCGUGCAUCUCUUGUGCUACCGGGAGGGACCUGCAGUCCCCUGCAAAAAGAUGCCGGUUAUCAGACCCCUGGGGGUGUGGACACCACAUCGGUUCCCGGGAUUCCUCAGGCUGUGUGGGCAGAGCCGCCCUUGGACCAGGAGAGCAGGGCAGCUCUUCACAGCCCGACUCAGAAGAGAAGGAAUGAAGAACAUUUUCAGGAUAGAAGAGAAAAUUGGUUUUUGUGCUAGGAAAAUUCAAAGCUAAAAGUCUCCAGCCAGGUUACGUCGGAGCGUUGUUUCUCUUUACUCUCGCCCUCUGUUUAUGGUUUUUGUUUUGUUUUUAAUUCUCAAGACAAUGUGAGAACUUGGUUCACUUAUCUGUCCUCAAAGCAAAUGUCAAUGAAAUUGGCUGCAUCAGAGAUGACUCUGAGUA